CAUCGCCAUGGUGGUGCUCCGUAGCGGUUCGGGUGGCUCUGGCCGCCCCGAGCCUCAAGGCGGGGCCUCUUCCAGAUCCCCGCAGUCUCUCUACGAAGCGAUGGAAUCGAGUUCGGAGUUUCUCACUUUGAGGACCGCGGCUUCGUCUCGGAGGAAACGCUCGGUGGAAAGUCGAUCCCUCGGACCGGCCAGCGGGGAUCCACCCGCCGAUCGGAAAGCCCGGACGGAGUUCUCUUCAGACAAAGAAUGUGGGCAUUUUACAAGGCAGCACACCUUAAGAUCUAUGAGGAAAAAUAAUCCGCAUUAUUCAAGCCCUAGCUUUGACAAAACGAUGUCAACACUGAGUGAAAAUGAGAUUAACAGGAAACAUUUUACAAGACAACUGGCUAGAAUGCAGGCGGGUGGAAAGAAUGAAGAUGGUGAAGAAGGAGCUGUAGUUCCUGUUACCAGAUCCCUGAAGAAAGGAGUAGAUGGGAAGCCUGAAGAACAUGCUGCAGAAGAAAAUGGGGAUGUUGAAGUCCGUCGUAGUUGCAGAAUUAGACGAAGUCGCUAUAGUACUAUGAACCAGUCGGUACUCUUUGACAAACUAAUUACAAAUACUGCAGAAGCUGUACUACAAAAAAUGGACGAUAUGAAGAAGAUGCGCCGUAGACGAAUGAUGGAAGACCUUGUGGUGUUCAAUGGUAGAAAAGGAGGAAACCUUGAUAUGUACUCUGGAGGGAAACCUGCUAUCCAAAGGACAGAUGAAGAAACCUCUGACAAUCAGGAUGGAAGUGCAGAAUCUUCAGAAGAAGUUGAGGACCAUGAAGAUGAAGAUGGAGAAGAAAAUCAAAAGCGCUAUGAUCUCCGACAGCGAAAAACUGUUGUACGUUAUCAAGUUUCAGCAGAAAAGCCCAGGCAUCAGAAGAAGCCUAAAUUAUUUUAUGAUGACGCAGCCUCUCCAGUAAGAGGGAGUUUCUCUUUUAGCCCUGCAGGACCACGGAGUCCUUUCUGUAAAAAGAUAAAUAGGCGAAAACAUGCAAUUCAUAAUAGUGAUUCCACAACUUCGUCAUCAUCUGAUGAUGAAGAACGCUUUGAGAGACGUAGGAAAAGAAGUCGCAACAAAGCAUUGAGCAGGUGCCUUCCGCUGAAUUUUCAAAAAGAUGAGUUGAAGGGAAUCCACAGAGAUCGAAUGAAAAUUGGAGCAAGCCUGGCUGACGUUGAUCCAAUGCAAAUAGACACUUCAGUGCGAUUUACUAGUGUGGGUGGACUUUCUGAUCAUAUUUCAGCUUUAAAGGAGAUGGUAGUUUUCCCACUACUUUAUCCAGAAGUGUUUGAGAGAUUCAAGAUUCAACCUCCAAGGGGCUGCCUUUUCUAUGGUCCACCGGGGACUGGAAAAACUCUUGUUGCCAGGGCACUUGCUAAUGAGUGCAGUCAUGGAGACAAAAGAAUAGCAUUUUUCAUGAGAAAAGGUGCUGAUUGUCUCAGUAAAUGGGUGGGCGAAUCUGAGCGACAGCUUCGUCUGCUGUUUGAUCAGGCCUUUCAGAUGCGUCCUUCAAUUAUAUUCUUUGAUGAGAUAGAUGGCCUUGCUCCUGUAAGGUCCAGUAGGCAAGAUCAGAUUCACAGCUCAAUUGUGUCUACAUUGCUUGCAUUGAUGGAUGGCUUAGACCAUAGAGGUGAGAUUGUGGUGAUUGGUGCUACAAACAGAUUGGAUUCCAUAGACCCCGCUUUGAGACGACCUGGACGUUUUGACAGAGAAUUCCUAUUUACAUUACCAGAUAAAGAGGCAAGAAAGGAGAUUCUUAAGAUCCACACACGUGAAUGGACCCCUAAGCCAUCAGAAAUAUUUCUACAAGAGGUUGCUGAAAAAUGUGUUGAUUUUGCUUAUCAUGUGUCAGAAGAUCUGCUAUACAGCGAUGAAGAAGGACCACCAGUAUUUGAAACAGGACAUUUUCAGAAAGGUUCUGAAAAACGGACACAUUUUCUUAAUUUUAAUAGAAAUGCUUGUCACCAACCAACAUCUUGCCGACCAAGACUCUUAAUUAGUGGUGAGCCAGAAUAUGGACAAGCCUCUCAUUUGGCUCCAGCAGUUAUACAUGCUUUAGAAAAGUUUCCUGUUUAUACAUUAGACCUUUCUAUCCUCUUUGGUGUCAGUUCCAAAACCCCUGAAGAAACAUGUGCACAGUUGAUCUGUGAAGCUAAGAGAACAGCGCCAAGUAUAAUAUACAUUCCAAAUAUUCACAUAUGGUGGGGAACGAUUGGACACACGUUGCAAGCAACCUUUACUACAUUAUUACAGAACAUUCCAUCCUUUGCUCCUAUUUUUCUUCUUGCAACAUCAGAUACACAUCAUGAAGCUCUGCCAGGCGAGGUAAAGAAAUUAUUUGUUAAUGGCUUUAGAGAACCAUUUGGAGAAGUUUUUGAAGUUCAUUUGCCGAGUUUUGAAGAAAGAAGAAAAUUCUUUGAGAGUUUAAUUCUCCAUGAAGCAAUUAAACCACCGGUGUCAAAAAAGAAAACAGUUUUGCAGGCGUUAGAGGUAUUACCAGUAGCUCCCCCACCUCAACCACGGCAGCUGACAGAACAGGAGAUCAAGCAACUUGAGGAGCAGGAAGAAGAUACUCUACGCGAACUCAGAAAUUUUUUAAGAAAUGUGACACACAGACUUGCCAUUGAUAAACGCUUCCGAGCCUUUUCAAAACCUGUUGAUUUGCAUGAGGUACCAGACUAUGUCACAGUUAUCAAGCAGCCGAUGGAUCUUUCAACCAUUAUUUCAAAAAUUGAUCUUCACAAGUAUCUGUCUGCCAAAGAUUAUCUAAAAGAUAUUGACCUCAUCUGUAGCAAUGCAUUAGAGUACAAUCCUGAUAGAGAUCCUGGAGAUCGUUUGAUUAGACAUAGAGCCUGUUUUCUCAAAGAUACAGCCUAUGCAAUAAUAAAGGAAGAAAUGGAUGAAAAUUUUGAACACCUUUGUGAAGAAAUUCAAGAAUCACGCAAAAAAAGAGGUUGUAGUUCUUCAAAAUAUGCUCCAUCCUAUUACCAUGUCAUGCCAAAGCAAAGUACCACAUUGCAGGACAAGAAAUUGGAUUCUGAAUGUGGUGACAAGAUGAAAAACCCACCAAUACCUCUGGAUUCUAGUUCUCCUUUCAUUCCUAAUGCCUUAUCAAAGAGAAAACUAAGAAGGAAGAGUCGAUGGUGCCUGGGCAAUCUAGCAAAGCGGAAAAAGAUUUUGCAUUUCAAUAAGGAGAACAAAGCCCCAGGAGAAGAGCCAGAUGAAGCGGAGAGUGAUGGAGAAGAAUGUAUGGAAAAUAAUAACUCCAGUAUGGAGCAGACUGAAGUUGAAAGAACACAGACGUCUCUGAAUGACUCUGAACCUGUGCCUCCGGAGCAGUAUAUCAGUAUAUCUGAUGCAGAGAAUGAGCUGUCAGCCAUUCACAAUGAUGCUAAGUGUAAAUUUGUCAAGAACAACAAAGACUCUGAACUUUCAGAACCCCAAAAAGCAUGUAAUGGUGAUGCAACAGAACAUUCAUUAGAUAGGGAUGCUAAUGCUGUAGGUAUGCUUCGUAUGACCCGUGGAAGGCGUUCACAGGUAGAGCAGCAGCACCUCAUAAAUGUUGAGAAAGCCAUGGAAAUUCUGUCGGAGCAAACACCACCACUCAUUGUGGAUCAAGACAAGUUGAAUGAAUUACUGAACAUGGUUGUUGACAAAAGUGGAGACUACACUAUACUUGAGUUGGAGAAACUCUAUGCCUUACUCAGUCAGUGUAUUUACCGACAUCGUGGAGACUAUGACAAAAGCAAAUUGAUUGAGGCAAUGACCAGAGAAAUUGAAGCCUUCAAUCCAUACUAAUUCAUAAUUUCUAAUAUUUUCAAAUCCCUGAAAUCCUAUUGGAAAUUAAUGUGAGAACAAAUAUAUGUGCACAGUAAGUUUUGUCUAAUGUAGCAUUUCUAGAUUUCUACCCAUAUGGAGGACAAGCCAUCGAGAAGAAGAAUUAUAGAAGACCAAUGGAUGGGCCAGUGCACCUACUAGUGCUUGCUUUUUGCUCCCUCGUGGAACUGAAACUUACAACCAUCAGGAUUUAAUGAGUUUAAAAAAGAAACAGCCUAAUCUGUCAAGCUUCUUAUGUGGGGAGCAUGUUGGUCUUUUGAAAAAUACAUUUUUCUGUAAAUUGAAUAAACAAUAUUAAUUUAUCCCAAUGUUCUUUGAUCAAAUCAUGUACAUAUGUUGAAUUGCACGUGAUGCUUAACUGUAUCAAAUUGCUUUGACUGGAGAUGAUAUUUUUGGUUCUAUUAGCUCAGUUGAAGCUGCAUUCGUGGGGUUGGUGGGUUUUUUUGCACUAAUUUCUAGUGGUAAUACCGUUUGUACAAUCUUUGUAAUGGUCCAAAUAUUAUGUAAUAUAUAAAUAUGUUAAAAUUGUAAUGGACAAAAUAAAUUACUCCUGAUAUUAA